GGUGGUAAAAUAUGACAUAUUGUAACUAUUUACAACCAUUUUAUCUGAUAAGAAACAAUUGAAAAUAAUAUAAAUACUAAAAUAACAAAAAAUGUGUAACAAAACACUUUUCCAUGCAAAAAGGGCUUCAGUCCAACAAAUAUUUUUCGUCAAACUACGUACAAGAUCAGUAAUAUAGUUAAUUUAUAUGAGUGGUGAUAGUAUUAGGUACCAUAUAAAAAAAACCUGUUAUUGUAUUAUUAAAAUCUUAAGGCACAGACAGUUUUUUGUGUUUUUCUCAAAUACACUUAGGGGAAAGGAGUAUAAGAGUGCGCAGUCGGGUAAGAGUACGCAGAUCAUUUUUAUUAUGUUGGUAUCACUGCAAGCUAAUGCCAGUGCGGUGUUUAGGUGUGUAUGCGUGAACGCUGUUUCCUACUAAGUUGUUUCGAGUUACGUGUAUUUUGCCUGGAAGUUAUAGAGGAAUAAGUGAUUUACUGUAAAAGGUAUGUAAUUUUUUUAAUAAACAAUUUAGUGUUUUUGAACUCUUUAAGAUUUGUUAUUUCGUUUAAAGUUUAUUUCAUAAUAAAGUACGUCAUGUCGAGAACAACAUGGCGUGGUUAGUAGUUCUCUAUGUGUACUGUGCUGCUAUCUGUUGACGAUGUAACGAAACACUACGUAUGUGGCUAAGAGUGCGCACUGGGUUUGUGAAUGCGUACUCUUAGCCUCCCACAUUUGUUCCACUGUUAUCAAAAGAAACUUUUCUCUAUGGAAAUGUAUUAUAUUACUUUAAGUGUAGUGAUAACAGCAAUACUAAAUAAUACAUAAAUACUUGUUUCUAUUAACAUUAUUUAUUAUUUUGAUGUGAAUUUACCUUCAUUGUUGCAGAUAUGAUAUCUUUAUGAAUGGCUCCAUACAAGCGAAAAAGUGAGAGGGUUCUGACCACACAGGACAUCUUAGAUGAAGCAAAACGGAAAAUAGAGGCUGGUGACAGUAAAAGGAAAGUGGCCAGAGAUUUGGGAAUUAAGGAAAGCACAUUAAGGAAAAGACUCAAAGCAGGGACGGUUCCGGUAUCACUUGGGCGCUUUAAAAAUGCUUUGUCAGAUGAAAUGGAAAAAGAACUUGCACAGCAUUGUAAAGAUUUGGACAACAGGUUCUACGGCCUUACAAGAAAGCACAUAAUGAAAGUAGCUUUUGAUUUUGCAGAGAAGAAUGGAGUUUCUGAAAGAUUCAACCAAGAAAAAAAGUUGGCAGGAAAAGAUUGGUUAAAAGGGUUUUGCAAACGCCACAAACUUUCUGUUCGUGCGCCAGAAUUAUGCAGUGUUGCAAGAGCGGUGGGUUUCAAUAAAGUUCAAGUUUCAAGAUUUUUUGAAAACUUGAAGCAGUGUCGUCUCGAAAAAAAGUUUCCACCGCACAGGAUCUUCAAUAUGGACGAAACAGGGGUCACUACGGUUCCCAACAAAACACCCAAGAUAAUUAGCCCCAAAGGAAAAAAAAACUGUCUGCAAGGUGUCUAGCGCAGAAAGGGGGCAAACUGUAACUGCUGUAUGCUCCAUUGGCGCUACAGGUUUUAAUGUGCCACCUGCACUAAUUUUUCCCAGAAAAAGAAUGAAUAACAUGCUCUACAAAGAUGCUCCGACAGGAACUUUGCCUCUGAUCAGUGACACAGGAUACAUGACCACAGAUCUUUUUAUUGAAUGGCUCAAACACUUUGCAAUGUAUGUCAAACCAUCACUAGACGAUCCAGUUCUCUUAAUAGCAGAUAACCACUCAACUCACUGUUCUCUCGGUGCAGUUGUAUUUUGCAGGGAAAACCACAUAACAUUUUUAACCCUACCCCCACAUGGUAGUCAUCUUACCCAGCCUCUGGAUAGGGUUGUUUUUGCACCACUGAAGACAGCAUAUGCAACUGAAGCAGAAAAGUGGCUAGUACAAAAUCCAGGAAAGGUGAUAACUCUUUACCAAGUUGCAGGCAUUUUUGGUGCUGCGUACAGUGCCACUGCGAGUGUAAAACUUGCUGAAAGAGCAUUCAAAGCUACUGGAAUAGAGCCAUAUGAUCCUGAUGUCAUAAGCGAAGAUAUGUUUGCUCCAUCAUUGGUGACUGCUCAAAUUUCUAAUGAAGAGGGCUUAGGGCUAGCCCUACAUCAACCUGAAACCAUGUCUACUGAAGUUGAGAAGAACUGUGAUUCCAAUAAUUUGAAUAACGAUCAAGAAAAUGGCAAUUUGCUUUCUUCAGAACCCACAACAUCUGGCACAAUACGCAUUCAAAUUCAGUCAGUUCUGCCACUUCCACAACAUAAGCGGCAAGAAAGCAAAAACAAAAGACCAGCUCAAAAAUCAAAUAUCAUAACUUCAUCCCCUUACAAAAAUAUAUUUGAAGAGAAAGAGAAGGCAAAGCAAGAAAUAGAGAAGGCAAAAGUUAAUCGAGCUCUACUGAAAACAAGACAUGAGGCCGAGACAAAGAAUGCGAAUACAAAGAAAGUAAAGUCAAAAAAUAAACUUAGAGCCAAUUUUGAAACUGUUCAAAGUCAAGGUCCCUCUACAAGUCAUGGUGAACCAUCCACUGAAGUAACUACCUGCCCUGCUUGUAAAGAAUCCUAUGACGAAGACUGGAUCCAGUGUGGAAUAUGCAACGACUGGUGGCAUGAAGGAUGUUCCAGUUAUGAAGGCUAUGGACCUUUUGUGUGCGACUACUGUUGAUGCGGACUCUUACCCUCACUGAUGCGGACUCUUACCCGCAUAGUAGGCCAAGAGUACGCAUUUGGCAUUAUUUUGUAAAACAUUUUUAUUCGUCUCAUGUUUAAAUCAUAAUUGCUAGAAAAAAAUUCUGAUGUUUCCUGAUUGAGUAAAGCAUGUUCUGUAAAAUUUGUGUUUAGAUAUCAUUUCAAUUACUGCCCUAAAAAAUUACCAACUUUCUAAGUGCGCACUCUUAUACUCCUUUCCCCUAUUUAGGACUGAAGUCCUUUUUGCAUGGACCGAUUCAUUUGUCAAUAUUGUGUAGAAGAACACAUUUCAAGCUUCGCUUUGAGCUAUCAAUAAAUAGGUGCCAAUCAUCUGAAAAAUAUUCAGGAAGACUAAUAUUUUCCAGGAGUCCUCUAAAAUACAAGAUUUUCUUCUUGAGAGAAGAAUGGUAGGAGACCCUUUUCUCUUGUAUGGUGAAAAGUAAUUUUGGUUCCUUGAUCCAGUAAAUUUUUUUCCUUCAACCUGGAAGCCAGUAAUUCAGAAGCUUCUUUUACAGGUUAAGAUCUCCGAUGAGGUCAUUUAACUCAUCCUUGUUGAAACGUUAAGGAAUUGUUGACAUCCUCUAAUAAUCACUGUCAACCUUCAUUAGUAUCAGAAGGGUGAUUAUAGGGACAACACGCGUCCUCUAAACGUUCUUGAAGCUGGUGAAAUGCCGGGAUUGGUACUUCCUCCGAGUGGGGGACCGGGUGUCUUGCAGAGUCUAAAUCAGGAUAAGUCCACUUGCUACGGUUGUUUCGAUUGAUGCCAGUAAUAUUUACUAGACAGAAAUAACAGUCAUCGAUGUGGUUUUUGGGUGUUCUCCAAACCAUUGGUAUGGCAAAUUUCAAACCUUUUCAUUUCCUGCUAGUCCACUGGCAUAAAUGUUCUGUACAAGUUUUAUAAACCUUAUGCGGUGCCCAGGAUCUAUCCUGAUCACCGAGCUUAACACCAAAGUAUCGAUAAUAAACACUGUUUACAAAAUAACUAACAUUCUUUCUGUUAUCUUUUAAUGUGUAUUCUCCGCAUGUGUAGCCAAACACAUCAGAAUUAUUUACACAACUUCUUCUACUGGAACUCAUUUCUUAUCAACUUUGAUCUAUUCUGCACGGGUAAAACUCACAAACUAACCUCAAAUGUAGUUGAAGCAUUGAAAUGAGGGAUGACAUUCCCAUCCUCGGGUAUCCCUGUGACCAAGUGGAAUGAAUCAAGCAGGCAGUUUUACUUCUUUUUUCACACUUACCUCAAAAAGUAGAGCUGAUAGAAAAAAACUAAUUUCAUAUUUAGAUUCAGUACCCCAAACAUAGCUAAAAUCAGUUCCAAAAUCCUAGGCACCAAAACAAUUUUUUUUUCUUGUUGGCCUGUGUAAUAGUAGUAUGAUUAUAUAGGUCCGUGUGUAAAGGCACGAUGCAUCGGCUGACCGGACUCGUGACCUUGACCUUUGAUGUCACCGCCACCAUCUUGGAUUACAUAAUUUCCGGUCGCCUUCUUGGAUAAUGUCAUUUUCGGCCAUCAUCUUGGAUUAUGCAAUUUAUGGUCGCCAUAUUCGAUUUUUUUUAUCUUUUCUAUCGCCAUUUUGUUUUCUAGAACCUUCCGUCAUUUUGAAAUCUAAAAUUUACCGCUAUUUUGAAUUAUGACAUCACACCCACCAUCUCGUAAUCAAGUGCUUACUCCUAUGUGUUGCAUUUUUCGUUACAAUGACAUCAUCGAAUGUCCUAUUCCUAUAUGUCACACUUGUCGUUACUGUUGCCAUAAUAGUUUUCUAGAAUGUUACAUAUAUGCAGCCACCAUCUAAGACUAUGUCAUUAUUACCUUUGCCGUUGUGAUGUGCAGAAACCUUCUCACCUUCUUCGAGUAGCUAGCUUUCUAUUAGUGAUGAAAACUUUGACGUUCGCGCGCAGAGGCGAAGACUGAGCGAGUUCGAUGACCUGUUUUUGGACCUUAUGGCAGCACAAGAGUAUGUGGCCAAGUCAUCUGGAAGGCCCGUCCUACAAUAACACGGAAACGGAGACGAAUCUCACGGAACUAAGUAUCUAAAGUGGCAUGCAUAUGGACACGAACCCGUACAGAUUAGGUCGUCAAUAGCUCUUUGAAUUACGUUACUCCGUGCGACCAAUAGAAGCUGAGUAUUUAGCCGCGGGAUUCCCAUGUUUGUUUACAUUUAAAUACGUGGUAAAUUAUUUAAAGUACAUUAUUGCUUGGUUAAAUAUUAUUAAAUAUGUAAUUCCGGAUCGUGUUUUGUUGUUAUAUCUCAGAAUUUUUUUAAAUUAAAUUAAUUUUUCGUAACCGUAACAUGAAGUUCAAUCUCAUUGAAUGACAUUUUUUAAAGGUUCCGUGCGUUGUAUAAGCGACAUAUCUUUAUAAAUAUCUUGCGGGCCCGGAUCCAUUUCCGUGUCGUUGUAAAACAUGCCGGAAGGGCAUGUCCUGUCAGUUUGCUGCCACCAUUCAAGUUGCCAACGUUUUCGGGCAAUGUACGUGAAGCGAAAUGGAGCGAAGAGAAGCGAAGAGGCGCGAGGCGCGAGGCGCGAGGCGGGAGGCGGCCAGCAAUACAGUAGGGUUCUCGUUUCACGCUAUUGCUGAGGGGAAAGUGCGUGAAGCGAAACGGAGAGAAGAGAAUUGAAGCGCCGCGACCGGGUGUAUGCUCACUGCCGCGAAGCGAAGCGAAGAGGCGCGAGGCGGCCAGCAAUACAUCAGGGGUCUCGUUUCUCGCUAUUGCUUAGGGAAAGUGAGGGAAUAGGUAAAACAAAAACCUUCAAUUUGGUUUAAAAACGACAUAUUGAGCUGUAAUUUAAAAUUUGCACACUCCACUGUAUUAAUAUUACUUAUGUGUAAAACUUGUACGCAUUUCACCAUUAGUACUGCAAUGAAUGUACAAAAACUAGACUUACCACAAUGCACCAUUUUCCCCAUAACUUCGGGUGAAAUGCCAUAUUUACUCUGAAAAUUUGAUGCACUACGAAAAAUUGGAAGAAAGCAUUUAAAUUAAGUAAACAUUAUAUUUACAAUGAUUAAAUAAUAUCUUACGAACAACAGUCAGAAUA